GUGGUUUAAUAAUUCACACUUUCAAUUGUGUACGUGAACAAAACAUCAGUGAGACGUCAUUUUCACGCACUGCGUCAUCUCUAUGCGACACGCGUGCCCGUCCAGAUGUAAACAAGACUCCCCCUGAACUAAAUAAUAACAACAAAUGUGUUUUAUCAAGUUACUGGUCGGUAUUGGUACUCCGUGAGACUGUUGGCAGGCCAACCGGUCAGUAUGGCCGCAGAGACGCUGCAGGAGCUCGUAUCGGCCGCGGCCUCUGUGCACUCUGACCGAAGAGCUGUGACAUACGACAGCCACUCGCUGUCAGACACAGACAGCCCGGUGUCUCUGCUCUACAGAGAUCUGCUUCAACUGGCUGAGGAACUGUCGCAUCUUCUGCAGCUGCACUGCACUCAUAGUAACGGCGUUAUCGGGCUGUAUUGUUGUGAUGACCUGUAUAUACCAGUGUGGAUCCUGGGAAUCCUCCAGUAUCCUGCUGCUUAUGUUCCUUUGGACCUGGAAGCUCCAGGGCUUCUCUCUGCCAGAGUCAUGAACAACUGUGGCCUAAAGUACUGUGCUGUGAAAACGGACCUCCUGCAGCAUUUCCGGACUGCUGUUGACAAACACGUAUCUGUGGAGGUGUGUGUGGUGUUGCCCAAGUUUAAAUUAACCUUGGUUCGAGUCAAGCUGCCACCAGCCAAUAAACUCAAACCAGAAACAGCACAAACUGUGGAAGGUGCUGAUCUCUGUGAUGCAGCUGUGGUGGAAAAGGACUUGGGGCACGAGGACUUGGCAUAUGUGUUGCACACUUCUGGAACAACUGGCCUUCCAAAGAUUGUUAGGGUGCCGCAUAAGUGUAUUCUUCCCAAUAUUCUGCAUCUGAGAUCGUUGUUUCAGAUAAGUGCAGAUGAUGUGGUUUUCCUGGCUUCGCCCUUAACAUUUGACCCUUCUGUGGUGGAUAUUUUCCUGGCCUUAUCAUCCGGGGCACAGCUACUCAUCACCCCCUCUAUUAACAAAAAAAUACCCAGUCGACUGGCUCAGGUGCUGUUUAAGGAUCACAAGACGACAGUCCUACAGAUCACACCAACUCUGCUCUGCCGCUUCGGGCGUCGUACCCUAAAACAGGAGGUAUUGUCAUCGGGCUCCUCACUGCGGGUGCUGGCUCUGGGUGGAGAGUCAUGCCCCUCACCAGCUCUGCUGAGGAGCUGGAGGCACGAAGACAACAACACCCACGUCUUCAACAUCUAUGGUAUUACUGAGGUGUCCUGCUGGGCCUGCUGCUAUGAAAUACCACAGUCUCUGCUGCAGUCCAAAAGCCUACCGUCGAGCAUGGCGUCCUCAGUGCCGCUCGGGUCUCCUUUGAUGGACACAGUGGUGGAGGUCAGAGAUGAACAUGGCCGUGUUGUUACUGAGGGCGAAGGACAGGCGUUCAUAGGUGGAAAAGACAGAGUGUGUCUCCUGGAUGACGAAGAGGCUGUUAUUCCAGGGACAAUGAGAGCUACUGGAGACUGGGUGAUUGUUCAAGAUACACAGCUUUACUACCUGGGACGGAGAGACAGGCUGAUAAAACGUCAUGGAAAACGGGUCAACUUGGACAAUUUACAGCAACUCAUACUGAGUCUGCCUCAGGUGGAGGCCUGUGCUGUGGGUUUGUAUGAAGGCAUUCGACUGCUUGCCUUUGUUGUGGUGUCCACACCUGGAGACCAGAAAGCAGUUUCUCCUCUUCCAUCAGUGCAGCAACAUGUGGAGCAAUCUCCCUCAGCUCUGGUUCAGCAUCAGGAACACCUGCAUUCUCUUGUGAGUCUCCACCAAGAGGAGAUGAGCGGUGCAGAGGGAGAUCCGAGCAGACUGAUCCUGAACCAGUUGUCUCUGAUGCUGCCAUCUUACAGCGUACCUGACGCACUGGUGCUGGUCCCAGCCUUGUGUCUGACUCCUCAUGGUAAAGUCGACAUGGAGGCUCUAAGGACAAUAUACGAAAGACAGAGACGCUGUUUAAAGUCUCCACAGGAAGACGUCAGCCAACUAAAGCAAACUCUCCAGUCUUUGUGGCAGGAUACGUUGGGUUUUGCUAAGGAUGUGAUCAUUGAUGAGGAAUCCAACUUCCUGUUAAGUGGAGGAGAUUCUCUGAAGGCGCUGCACCUCUGUGAAGAUAUCCAUACCACUGUGGGAGUCACCUCGCCAGAACUUCUGGAGGUUAUACUCGGCAAGACCUUCGCUGACGUCCUGCACUACAUUGCCAGAGUAACACUGAUGCAGCCGCUCCAGAGCAGCACAUCGUCACUUCCUGAGGACAAGAAACGGCCUCACACUGACCCUCCUGCUUUUGUUCUAGCAAAGAGGGAACGCAAAGAGCCUCAGUCUCAGUCAGAGGAGAAACAGGCUUUUAAAGUUCUAAGACGAGGAGGAGAGGUGAUAGAAAUGAACGUCAGAAAUAAAAGAUCAAACUUAACUGAUGCAGUCCGAGAAAAAGAUUCCAGUCAAAAACAGAAAGAUAACAUUCUGGGCUUCUGUCUGAGCUGGUCUUCAGACACAGGCAGAUGUGUGGAUGCCUCCCCAGUGCUUCUGGUCCAUGAAAGAACAGAUCAGUUGUCAGAUGUGCCUAAAACAAGUGUGUUCAUCGGCUCACACUCUCACAGGAUCCAGGCAUUAGACCUGGACACGGGGAACCUUCUGUGGGAGCGAGUUCUUGGUGGUAGAAUCGAGGCGUCGGCUGCUGUGUCUCACCGUGGGACGUUCGUGAUUAUAGGCUGCUAUGAUGGCUGUGUGUAUUUCUUGUGUGCUGCAUCUGGAAAGACGAGGUGGAUAUUUGAGACAGGAGACGCUGUGAAGAGCUGUCCUGCUGUGGAUCAACACACAGGUGUGGUUAUAGUGGGAUCACACGACGGGCACGUUUACGCCCUGGACCCAAAGCUGCAGCGUUGCGUUUGGAAGCGUCACUGCGGCGGUGGGGCAGUGUUUGCCUCUCCUUACCUCCAGUGCACUCUCAGACAGCUGUAUGUGGCGUCACUGGGUGGUCACCUCCUCUGUCUCAACCCUGACAACGGCGACGUCCUUUGGUCCGACAGCAGGGACGUCCCGUUCUUCUCCUCACCAAACGGCUGCUCUGGGCUUGUCGUGAUCGGAUCUGUGGAUGGAAACAUCUGCUGCUACAGUAACACGGGGAAAGUGGUGUGGCAGUUUUUAACAAAGGGACCCGUCUUCUCGUCUCCGUGUUUCACCCUGGACCGGCAGAGGCUUCUGUGUGGGUCACACGAUGGUCAGCUGUACUGUUUAAACUCCGCUGACGGCGCUUUAGUUUGGACUUUCCAGACGUCAGGCAAGGUGUACUCCACGCCAUGUGUGUUUGAUGGCUCCACUGUGGGCAGGGGGGGGUUUCUGGUGGGCCUGGCCUCCACAGACGGCAAAGUCUGGAUCCUGGACGGCGAGAAUGGACAAAUGCUGGCGUCGCACGCGCUGCCCGGGGAGCUGUUUUCAUCCCCAGUGGUGCAUGAACAGUUCCUUGUCGUCGGGUGUCGCAAUGACUACGUGUACUGUUUAAAGCUGACUGUAAAAGAGGAAGCACAGAGGGAUUAGAUGCUGAUUAUGCUGAUUUUAGAAUAAACACUUUUUUCCA